CUGAGGAUUUUUGACCUCUUGGGGACGCCGUAGUAAUGUGGUCACAGCUCUCAAAUAUUUUAACUAGCGACACCUCUGCUUCUUAAAGUGCUGCCAGUAUGGAGGGGGAGCCCCUCUCUGCCCUGUGUACCCCUGCUAUGGUGGUGGAUGUGGACAAGGUGAAGAGAAAUGCCCAGAGGAUGAUCGAACGCUGCCAGAAACUGGGGGUCCAACUUCGCCCACACAUGAAGACCCACAAAACCCUAGAGUGUGCAGACAUAAUGACGGCUGGAUCUCGGAGGUGCAUUGUGGUUUCCACACUGGCAGAGGCCUGUUUCUAUGCCGACCAUGGAUUUGAUGACAUCCUCUAUGCAUACUGUCUUCCCUUUGACAAGGUCGAGCGUUGUGCAGCCCUGUCAGAGAGCUUGGAUCUCUUCCAGGUGUUAUUGGAUCAUCCUGAUGCUCUGGAGCAGCUAAAAAAGAGGCCCCUGAAAAAUGGUCGGCAGUGGCACAUCUGGCUGAAACUCGACUGUGGCAAUGGGAGAGCUGGUGUUCUGCACUCUGAACCUGAGGCUCUCAGAUUAGCCCAAGCCAUCGCUGAGGCAGAGGGCGUGGAGCUAACAGGGGUGUACGCCCACUGUGGAAACACCUACAACUGCAAAGGUGUGGAGCAAAUACAGGCAGUUGCCCAGGAAACCACCAGCUUUACUCUGCAGUUCAUGGAGAAACUGAAGGCUGUUGGGAUCAGCUGUAAGUCCAGCAUUGGUUCCACUCCUUCCUGUAGUCAUCCAGUUAAAGACAUGGCCAAGCUGAGUGAGGUGCAUCCAGGAAACUACGUCUUCUACGAUGUGCAGCAGUCUAUGAUUGGCUCGUGUUGCCUGGAGGAUGUUGCUGUGAGGGUUUUGACAAGAGUCAUAGGACACUGUCCACACAGGAACCAGCUCCUGAUCGACUGUGGAUGGAGUGGAAUCAGUUUGGAUGGAGCUGGAAAGCUUCCCACGGGAUAUGCCAUGAUUGAAGGACAUCCAAACCUCAAGUUAUUAUCUAUGACUCAGGAGCAUGGAAGAGUGGAACCUAUCUCAGGCCAACUGGACUACAUCAAAUACCCUCUUGGCACUCUGCUCGCAUUGAUUCCCUACCAUUCGUGUGCAACAGCCAUGAUGCACCAUGUCUACCAUGUGCACUCUGGGGGUCGUCUGCUGGGAACGUGGACACCCACUCGCGGAUGGUGAUCACCUGUGCUUGUUAGGAUAGAUAUUUGUGCAAUUCUACAUGGAUUAUUUUAGUAGCCCAUUACACCUGAAGUUGAUUUUGUGAAGUGAGGGAAACGACAAAUGUAGAAUAUCUUUUCAAAUCACAUUUAGACAUUUUCCAAUUAAUAUAUUUACAAUGUAGUUUUUGGCAAAGCUCUAUUGUAUGUAAAAUGGCUAUAUAAAUAUAGAAAAUAGAAAAUAGAAAGAAUAUUCUAUGUGUGAUGUCUGAUUAAAGGAAAAGUUGCAGAA